AUGGCCACCGCCGCUUCCAAUCCUUAUCUGGCCAGCAAUAGCAUCCUAUCGUCCGGCUCCAUCGUGCACUCUGACUCUGGAGGUGGCAUGCAGCCGGGCAGUGCUGCGGUUACUUCGGGGUCUGGGGUCUACAGGGGCGACCCAUCGGUCAAGAUGGUACAAAGUGACUUUAUGCAGGGUGCGAUGGCAGCCAGCAACGGGGGACACAUGCUGAGCCAUGCCCACCAGUGGGUCACAUCCCUCCCGCACGCCGCAGCAGCCGCAGCAGCAGCCGCCGUCGCUGCAGCUGAAGCCGGAUCACCCUGGUCGUCGAGUCCCGUGGGGAUGACUGGCAGCCCCCAGCAGCAGGACGUGAAAAACUCCGGCAGAGACGACCUGCACACGGGCACCGCGCUGCACCACAGGCCGCCUCACUUAGCCCCCCAUCAGACUCACUCCGGGGCUUGGGGGAGCACGACCGCCGCUCACAUCAACUCCAUAUCCGGGGGACAGCAGCAGCAGCAGUCGCUCAUCUACUCCCAGCCGGGGGGGUUCACUGUGAACGGGAUGCUGAGUCCGGGGAGCCAGAGCCUGGUGCACCCGGGCUUGGUGAGGGGGGACACUCCGGAUCUGGACCACGGCAGCCACCACCACCACCAUCACCACCAGCAGCAGCAUCAGCACCAGCAUCACCACGGCGGCGUCAACAGCCACGACCCGCACUCGGACGACGACACGCCGACCUCGGACGACCUGGAGCAGUUCGCCAAGCAGUUCAAGCAGCGGAGGAUCAAACUGGGCUUCACGCAGGCCGACGUGGGCUUGGCUUUGGGCACCCUGUACGGGAACGUUUUCUCUCAGACGACCAUCUGCAGGUUUGAAGCUCUGCAGCUCAGCUUCAAAAACAUGUGCAAGCUCAAGCCUUUGUUGAACAAGUGGCUGGAGGAGGCCGACUCCACCACCGGCAGCCCCACCAGCAUCGACAAGAUCGCGGCGCAGGGGAGGAAGCGAAAGAAGAGGACCUCCAUCGAAGUGAGCGUGAAAGGGGCUUUGGAGAGCCACUUCCUCAAAUGCCCCAAACCCUCGGCCCAGGAGAUCACCGGCCUGGCGGACAACUUGCAGCUGGAGAAAGAGGUGGUUAGAGUGUGGUUUUGCAAUAGGAGACAGAAGGAAAAACGGAUGACGCCUCCAGGAGUGGCUCAGACGCCGGAGGAUGUGUACUCUCAGGUCGGCAAUGGGCAUUUUUUAGUAGAUUACUUAAAAGAUGCAAGUGAAGCGAGCGACCAGAGGGUGACAACUACAAGUUCAUUCCACCAGGUAAUUUUGGCGCAUUAAGACACACCAAGAGGAAAACCAAGUAUUGUUUUUAUUCUUUUUUUUCUCUUCCCCUUCUCCAAAAAAAGUACUCCCUCUCAUUAUCCUGUGUUUGAUUGAAGAAAAACAAAAGGAGCAGGCAUUUUGUAUAUUUAGAAAUGGGACUGAACCGCCUUCCCUGCUCUCCAUGCCUAACAAUAACAAGAGGGGGAAAGAAACUGCAACACUAUGAACAAGAGUGACAUCCACGAAGCUUCCGUCAUGAUUUACAGCAGUUGUUUGUUUAUUCUGAGGUGGGCUGCAUGGUUGCACUUACACACACGCGGAGGAUUGGGGAUAUUUUUUUGGUCGUCUUGAGGCCCAGAAAGAAAGAAAAAGACAACCUGGACCAGGACUGUGCCCGACUGAUCUCAAAGAUCACCUUCUUUUUGGGGUUGUUUUUUUUUUUAUAUAUAUUAUUUAAUGGACUUUGACACCGUGAGUGGAUUUUUCCUCCUUUUUUUCUCCCAACGAAUAGAGCAUAAGACAUUUGAAAAGACUUCAACUGCACUUAUUUGAGAAAAAAAAUAUGUUGCCAAGUGUGACUGAGUGGGUGCUGUGGAUUCACUAUUAUUGCUGCCCUUUCUAAGCAGUAUUCUUUGGUAGGUUUUAAUAAACAAAACUCUGUAAAGCCGGCAAUAUAGAUCACUAGAUCAGAUACUGAUCUGAGUUAUUUACUUUAUAUUUUUCAUCAGAAUGACUUGUUUUAAUAUUUUAUUCGGAAUACAUAUGAAUGAUUCCAAACGGUAAUUUAUUUCCCCCCCUUUGCAGGAACUUGUGUAAGAUGCUUUUCCC